UUCAACUGCUUUUCAAAGUACAACUAUUAGUACAGUUGAAACAUCCACAACACUAACAACUUCAAUACCAACAGGUUCUUCCACAGUCCCAACAACUCUAUCUGGAAUAUCCACCAGUAGUGCAGCAAUUACCAUGAAAGCACCACAAUCAACAGCUUCUACCUUGGUUUCAGUCAAUUCCUCUUCAUCAACCUUUGACACAUUCACCACUAGUGCUACAACGGUCAUUCCUUCUACAGAUUCUACAGCCUCUACACAUUCUCCAGCAUCUACAGCAUCAACAAAUGUUACAGUAUCUACAGCUUCUACAACGUCUACAUCUUUUGGAAAAACUUCUGCAAACUUAAUAUCUGGGGUGCUAACAGAUCUGGAGUUUCGCUCUACAGACACAUUUAUAGAUGCACUAAAAGAUGUAAACUCUGCAGAGCACAAGAAUAGGGCUAAGCUUGUCAGGGAUGAGCUUGAAGCAGUCUAUAGACCCAAGUACGCUAACUUCCUCAAAGUGAUUGUCCAAGGAUUCAGACCAGGGUCAAUCAUCACAUCAGCACAACUAGUCUUCAGUUUCAACCAAACUAUUCCAUCCAUUCGAGAGAUUUCAACCAUCCUCUUGAGAGCAGUGGAAACAGGAGAAGUCAAUCAACUGAAUAUGAUUCCUCAAUCAAUUUUAGUCAAUGGUUCAGCUUUAGAUACAACUGUCACUCCUGCAGCAGCUACAGCAAGUACUGCAAGUACAUUAACUAAAGGAACCACAUCAACCACAGCAACUACAACGUCAGGGGUACUAAAGAUUGAAUCCAGUUUGCUCCAAGCAACAUGCUUCAUUAUCAUGUCUAAAAUAUUAAGGCUCUUCCUAUAGAUCCUUUAAACAUAUAUAUCCAGCACACAUGAAAGUUCCAACAAGACAUGCUGUAACCAAAUUAAUAAACAGCAAAAAAUUUUCUUAUUACAUGGUACAUAGUAUUUUCUGUCACUCAAAUAAUGGUAUGGUGUAAUAUUAGCUAUAUAUAAAUAUAUUGCAUUGUUCUUCAGUAGACAGUAGAGUAUUUAAGAAAAUUUGAUAAAUGUGUUGUAUUUUGAGAUACGUCUUAAGGGUAAAUGCUGGUUAUACUUAUUUUUUAUUUUUGUCUUGUAUAUUCUAACA